CGUCAUUUUAACCAAACAGCUGUGACGUACCGGCCAACUUUUAAAACGCUGUCAACAUUUUUGUUUGGAUCGAUUAAGUUGCACAAAUCACAAAAGCGCAAUCAAUUUUGAGAUUUCUCAGUAUUCAAAGUGUUUUGGAAAAGUUGAUUUUUGUAUGUCGUCUCAGGGUGUGGUAUUUAUUCAAUUUCGUGGGGUUGAGGUGAGGCGCGAGUUGAGUUUCAUCACAUCAAACGUUUUUCGCGUUUUUUAAACAUUCGAGUGGAUUUUGCAAAAAUCAUAAAGAUUUUAGAUGACGACCGAUAUCCACAAAUUUUCAUUUAAUGGGGGCCUGCCUAGGCCACUGUAUUUCCAAAAUCCUGGACCCUUCAUCGUACAGACAGGAGAUUGAUAUAGACCUGAUUUUCAUUUUCACUACAUAGAGGACGAAUAUUUGGUUUAAAAAUUCGCGCGGAAACGAUCGAAAGGUCUUUAAAAAAAAACAAAUUCUAAUUUGUUUAAAUUUGGGUAUGCAGAAACAAAAAAUUGUUUUCCCCCAAAACUGCAAUGUUCACGAAACGUCGUCAAAAAUAUGUAGUUUUGUACAUGAUUGGAACCCGAAAUAUAUCUUUUAAACAUUAGAUGGUAAAAAGUUUACGAAAACGAAUCUCCCAUCAUAGAUUUUAUCGCAGACAUACAAGAAUGUUUUCCGAAGAGGACGAACAAGUUGAGCUAAGUCAGGAUUCCGAAGAAGGCCAAAGAAAACAACUUAUUAAUUCAAAGCGCCUUUUAUCUUUCCUUAUUAUGAAACGUUUCAAGAAAAGGAAUAGAGGAUCAACCCUGGAACUAAUUGAGGACGAUGACUGGCCUGAAAAUUGCAAUAAAUAUAUGCUACUACACUCUAAAAACACAGCUUCAACUAGUUAUGACUCGGAUUCUUCGCUUCGAACUCUGACUACACGAAAACUGGUGAAAGAACAAGGAUGCAUCUCUUCCACACCUGCUUCUUCUUUGGAUCUCGAAUGGGAACACGAAGGAAUUCCACUCUGUGCUCUGGGCUUCAACAAAGCAGAAAAAUCCCCAAAUUCUUCAACUCGCACUGCCGAAAAUUCUCGCCACUCCAGUUUCACAGCAUCGCCCUGGUCCAGAGUAUCGAGUCCAAAUAGUUUAGAAUGGGAUCCAGUGGAAGGGGAUGUUGUUUGUAUGGAUUUGGAAACUGAGCAUCUCAUCAUUGAGAUUGAAAGAUUAACCGACAAGACGCUUCGAGAAACCGGCGAGUGGACUGAAAGUAGCUGAUAGAUUCUACAUUCUAGAUUUGAGAUUAUAGCACCUAGAUCAAAAUCCAACUAAAGGAUAUUUGUAUUUUUUUAAAACGUUCCUAACUCACGUAUUUUAAUUGAUUCGAAUGGCGCCCUUUUCUUCUUAAGUACUCAGAGCAAUUUAUGAAUAAGUACAUGCAAUAAAAGAACGUAGGAAAAUAUUUUCUAUAAAUCAAAAUGAUAAUCUCUAGACAAGACUUUUUCCUAUUACACUUUUGGCUUAAGAUAAACGUUA